AUGCGGCCGUUGCUUCCAGUUCUGCAGCGGCUCUGCCCCAGGGCGACGUGGCCCGCCCCCGAGGAAGGCGACGCCUUCGACUUGCCACCGCCGCCGACCGAGGGUUACCUCGGGCCCGAGCUUGCGCCGCAGGGCACGUUGUCUGCCCAGGGCGAGAAGGCCAUCGAGGCGAUCACGGGCUGCAAGGCGACCGUCCGCGGCCGAUGCAAGGGCAAGCGCAAUCGCAAUGGCGGGAGAUUCCUGACCGUGCACGGCCCGCCUGAAGGGCUGCAAACUGCGUGGCGAUUGGCGGUCGAGUGCAUCAGGGGCAACGGCGUCGAUGGAUACUUCGGCAGCAUCAAGCUCGGCGGCGCCAUCAGGGGCACCUACACCGAGCUCGGCGGCACCACCGAGAGCCCUUGCGUCCAGACCUGCACCAUCGCGUGCACCUGCCAGACCUGCACCACCGCGUGCACCUGCCAGAGAAGUUAUGGAAAAAAGCAGGAAAUCAUCACGGCGCUUCGCAACGAGAAGAAGCUGAUGACCAGUAAGAUCUACAGGCGCGACUGCGCGCUUCGCGCGAUGAAGGGGGCUAAGAAUGCAACGGCCCCCAAGGUGGUCAAGAAGAAGGCGCACCCCAAGGUGGUCAAGAAGAAGGCGGCCCCCAAGGUGGUCAAGAAGAAGGUCCGCCUCGGGCUCGCAGUUGACUUGGCCACCGAUGAUCAGCAGCGCUUUGGCCAGAAGUGCUGCAGUUGCCAGAUCAUCUUCCCCAAGGACGGCUCGAUGGAGUUGAAACAGAUCACCAGCAACUCCUGUCGGUGCCACGACUGCGCCACACUCUACAAGCGCAUCCAGCGCAUGACCAAGAGCACGGGCCUGGACACUAGGAAGCUCACGGCCGACGAGCGCGUCAACCUGAUGCGCGAGGCCCACGGCGAGAUGGGCCCCGACCUCCAGAAGCGCCUGGAGGAGACGAUCCGCGUGGGCAACAUCCGCCGCACGUGCAGCAAGCUGACGGUCGGAGGGCCUUUCGAGGACCCUGCGGACGUGAGGCUCCGCUUUAAGGACAAGCCAGAGCAGCUGGCCAACAUCGAGAAGUACGCCCAGAGACUGCAUUGCCCCGUUCGGCGCAUCCACUUGGCGCAGGUCCCGACCUACUCGCAGGACAACACCACGGCGGACAUCACCGAGGAGGAGCGCACCCGCAAGGUGGUCGGCGAGCAGGACAUCAAGAAGCAGAAGCCCACCAAGGACGACACGGGGAACUCCGACAAGAGGAUCAACGCGGCGGCGAAGAAGAAGUUGCAGGUUGAGGUCGAUAAGCUCCCGGGCGCGGUGAACGCCCUGAAGUCGCAGAAAUGCGAGGCGGCCGCGCAGGACAUGGAGGGGGGCGUGCCGCCCCACGUCAUGAAGUCGGUCGACAAGAACAUCGCGGCCCUGGACGCGGCCAUCGAGGCGGGGAAGGGCCUGAAGGAUGCCGACGGAGCGACGAAGGGUGAUGCGACGGCCUACAUCGACGAUGCCACGAAGAAGGCAGAUGCCGCCAUUGCCCUCGGCGGCCAGAUGGCUUCCCUGAUCCAGUGGGCGCUGGAUGCAAAGACUCAGGUUCGGAAGGCCAAGUCCAGCCAGACGGGGGGCGCGGCGGCCCGCGUCGACAACGACCCGAAGGCUGUGGCCCCCGACCCGUCCUCGCCGCAGAGCUUGGGCGUAGCGAUGGCCACGUUGGACCGAGUCCUUGCCGACGCCGUCGCCUACUUGAGGGCCAACGUCACGGCUGCUGGCGGGGUCGGGGCGAUCACGGCCGACGCGUUCAGGGCGAUGCUCGAGGCGGGUCGCCAAUCGAUCCUCGACGGCAUCUCGCGCAACCCCCAAGUGGACAUCCAGACGUCGACGGCCUGCAUCGACGCCCUGACCAACAGCGAUUUCCCUGCCACGAUGCUCCAGGAGUUUGUCAGCCUGGUGAACGCGCGCGUGGGCCCCCAUCGGGCGCGCGGCACUCCGCCGCCUACGAUCAUGCAGACGCACUUCUUCAUCCAGCGCAUGCUGACGGAAGCCGACUGGGAAUGCCUCAGGAGCACGACCAGGCCCGCCCAGGACAAGAUCGAGACCAUCGUCGACCGCGCGGAGGCCCUGGGCUGCGUGUACCCAUCGGAGAUCACGCACGUCCAUUGGGUCGCUGUGAUCGUGACCGCUUCACAGGCGGGCGCUGGGGAGGCACAUCACGCGAUUAAUGGCCACAACGCGCUGGGCCUGCUCGGCGACAUGCAGGCGUGCAUGAGGCGCAAGCGUUCCCGUGUUCGACUGCCCCACUACGGCGUGGUCACCGUGUACCCCGACACGCCUGCGACGCUCCGCACCUUGCACCAGGGCUUGCACGACCACGCCUACCAGUUCGCAGCUCCCGUGGGCAACAUGGUGGACGAGAACGUCUUGAUGCAGUUGAGGGUCUCCAUGCCCGCUCGUCGCACCCACACGUCGGUGGUCACCCCUCCGCGCCGCGCGGCCGUGAGCCCCACGUACAGCAUGGAGAACAACAUGAUGCAGAUGCUGCAGGCGAUGAUGACGGGCCAGUUCGGCGGCCGAGCGAACGACGGUAUGCUCCGCAACCUCCAGAUCUUCCCGUCGCCGUUGCAGCUGCCGUUGGAGGACGCCCCCGCGGGGGGCGCCGCCGCCGCUCCAGCAGGCGGAGCGGUGGCGGCCAUCGCCGACGGAUCGGUGGACGCGCGCGACGUCGAGCCACCUGCUGACGGCGGAGCGGCCCUGGACGAGUCGGCGCCCGAGCCUCCCGCGGGUGACGUGGGCGGCCUCACGAAGUACAUGGGGGACGAGCUCAAGAAGGGCAUUGACAAGAAGAAGAAGACGACGGUGGCCAAGAAGAGGCCUUCCGCGGCGAUGAAGAGGCCAGCAGCUUCUGCGUCGACCGCCCCCCCGAAGGUUGCCAAGAAGACGGAGGCCGCCCCGAGCCUGAAGUUCCCAGGGGCCCCGAAGGGCCCGGCGGCGACGAAGUGCCUUCCCAACGGCUGGACCAUCUGCGCGAGCCUCAGCAAGGGCAAGUGGCGCGUCAAGAAAGAGGGGGCGCGCGCGGACCACGGCUUCCACUGGAACGCCAAGGCCUACACGGCCAAGGAGGCUUGGGGCAUGCUCUUGGAGCACGUCAAUUACGGCAAGUGA